AUGCACGCAUGCCCCAAUGAUUGCAUCUUGUAUAGGAAGGAGUAUGAGGAUUUAACUCAUUGUCCUAAUUGUGGUAUCUCAAGGUGGAAGGAAGGCAAAGAUUCAAUCUUGAAAGAGGGUGUGCCAGCGAAGGUGGUGUGGUAUUUUCCUCCAAUUCCAAGGUUUAAAAGGAUGUUUCGAUCACAUGAGACCGCUAAGAGUUUGACUUGGCAUGCUGCUAGAAAAUCAAUUGACGGUUAUAUGUCUCAUCCAGCGGAUUCCCCGUCUUGGAAACUUCUUGAUGAUAAAUGGCCCGAGUUUGGUAAUGAGCCGAGAAACUUGAGAUUGGCUCUUUCAUCUGAUGGAUUCAAUCCCCACAGUUCUCUAAGUAGCAGAUAUAGUUGCUGGCCAGUUAUCUUAGUUACAUAUAAUCUCCCUCCAUGGCUGUGCAUGAAACGAAAGUUCAUGAUGUUGACCUUAUUGAUUUCCGGUCCUAAACAGCCCGGAAAUGAUAUAGACGUCUACUUGGAGCCUUUGAUUGAUGAUUUAAAAUCUUUGUGGGAUGGGAUUGGAGGAGUGUAUGAUGCACAUAAUGGAGAAUACUUUACACUCAGAGCUGCAUUAAUGUGGACAAUUAAUGAUUUCCCCGCCUAUGGAAACUUAUCUGGUUGUGUUGUUAAAGGAUAUAAAGCUUGUCCAAUAUGCGGCGAUGAUACACCUAGUCACAGGUUGAAAAAUGGCCACAAAAUUUGUUACAUUGGGCAUAGAAAAUGGUUACCGAUCAAUCAUCCAUAUAGGAGGCAACGUGCAGCUUUUAAUGGGAAACCUGAAUAUGGCACGCCUCCUGAGCCAUUAACCGGAGAAGAAGUGCUGCAUAUGGUUGAAGAUGGUGACAGAGUUUGUUGGAAGAAGAAAUCAAUAUUCUUUGAUCUCGAGUAUUGGAAAUACCUUCCUGUGAGGCAUGUCCUAGAUGUUAUGCACAUUGAGAAGAAUGUUUGCGAUAGUAUCAUUGGUACAUUGCUGGAGAUCCCUGGAAAAAAUAAAGAUGGGAUUGCUGCUCGAUUAGAUUUAUUGAACAUAGGGGUCAAAACUGAUUUGCAACCCGAGUAUGGAGAAAGACGUACUCGUUUGCCUCCCGGGCCUUGGAAUUUGUCAAGAGCAGAGAAGAGAGAGGUUUGCAAUUCUUUCUAUGGUAUGAAGGUCCCUGAAGGUUAUUCUUCAAAUAUAAAAAAUCUUGUAUCUUUACAAGAUUCAAGACUUCUUAGCCUUAAAUCACAUGAUUGUCAUACCUUAAUGCAACAAUUGCUCCCUGUGGCAAUUCGUUCUGUUUUGGAGAAGCCUGCAAGGUAUGCAAUAACUCGUUUGUGCUUCUUCUUCAAUGCUAUAUGUGCAAAGACUGUUGAUGUUCCCAAGCUAGAUAAGUUGGAAGAAGAUGUAGUAGUUACUUUGUGUUUGCUUGAGAAGUACUUUCCCCCUUCAUUCUUUGAUAUCAUGGUUCAUCUAGUAGUACAUCUUGUCAGAGAAGUUCGUCUGUGUGGGCCAGUAUAUUUUAGAUGGAUGUAUCCGUUUGAAAGAUAUAUGAAAGUGCUAAAGGGGUAUGUUCAGAAUCGUACUCGUCCCGAAGGUUGCAUUGCUGAGUGGUAUAUAGCUGAAGAAGCUGUAGAGUUUUGUACCGAGCAUUUAUCUGAUGUUAGUACAGUUGGAGUGCCUUCAAGCCAAAAGAUGGGAGUUUCAAAGCCAUUAUCAGGUUGCACAGUGAGCGUAGUUGAUCGGGACCUGUUGAACCAAGCACAUCUAUAUGUCUUGGAGAAUACGGAGGAAGUCCUACCUUAUAUCGAGCAACAUAUGAUCCACAUCCAGACCGCUUAUCCAAAAUUUAGAAAGAGAACAAAGUGGCUGCAGGAUAAGCACAAUAGCACUUUCAUUCAAUGGCUACGCUUCAAGGUUCAAAGUGAACUUAAUGAGGAAGACAAUCAUGGCGUAUCAGAAAAUUUAAGGUGGCUAGCAGCUGGUCCAAACAUGGCAGUGCCAUUAUAUAGGAGCUAUCUCAUUAAAGGUAUUAAAUUCAACAUCAAGGCACAAGAUGAUGUGCGGACAACUCAAAAUAGUGGAGUUUAUUUACUUGCACAUACUAUGCAAGUUGCUAGUGCCAAGGAUAAAAACCCAAUUCUCUCAAAUAUGGGUUUCUAUGGUGUCAUUCAAGAAAUUUGGGACCUUGACUACCAAAAGUUUACAAUCCCAGUCUUUAGGUGUGAUUGGAUUGAUAAUACUUCUGGUCUUGUAGUGGACGAACUUGGAUUUACCCUUGUAGAUUUGAGUAAAAUUGGACAUAGGAAUGACCAAUUUGUUUUGGCUUCUCAAGUCAAACAAGUAUUUUUUGUUGACGACCCGAUGCAUCGUGGUUGGUCGGUAGUGUUAUCAAUGCCUAAUAGAGAAUAUAAUGAUGUUAUUGGUGAUGAUGUCUUAGGUGAUGUGAGAAUUGAGUGUGAGCCAUUUACUAGGGGGAUGCCAAAUGUUGACACAUUUGAUGAAGUGGUGGUUGAGUUAGGGAGUCAAAAUAUUCGAGAUGGGUGUGAAGAUAUAUGGGUUGAAUGA